AUGAGGAUGAGGCCGCGGCCCAGUCGCCACCCUUCGAGGCCCCUCGCGGCCCCUUCGCGGCCCCGUCCCCGCCCCUUCGCGGCCCCGUCCCCGCCCCUUCGCGGCCCCGACGCCGCCCUUCGCGGCCUCGUCGCCGACCUUCGUGGCCCCGUCGCCGCCCCUAUCGGCCCCGUCGCCACCCUUCGCGGCCCCGUCGCCGCCUCUAGCGGCCCCGUCGCCGCCCUUCGCGGCCCCGUUGCCGCCCCUAUCGGCUCUGUCGCCGCCCUUUGCGGCCCCGUCGCCGCCCCUAGCGGCCCCGUCGCCGCCCUUGGCGGCCCCUCGCGGCCCCUUCUCGGCCCCGUCGUCGCCCUUCGUGGCCCCAUCGCCACCCUUCCCGGCCCCUCCUCGGCUCCUCCGCCACCAACAGCAGCCGCCGCCAGCAGCAGCGGCCGCCACCACCAGCAGCAGCCGACAGCAGCAGACGCCGCCGACAAUAGCGUCGGCCGCCACCAGCAGCACCCGUCACCACCGACAACAGCGACUGCCGCCGCCACUGACAGCAGGAGCUGCCGCCGCUGUCGCGGCUCUGUCCCUGCCGACGCGCCUCGGCUCUGCCCCACCGCUUGCCGGCCCCUACCUACCAGCCUUGGGGACCACUUCCUCUCUGUUUGCCCCACCAGACUCACCGUUGACCUCCUCGAGGAGCGCCUCCUGGCAGCUGAGAAGAGUAUAGUCGCUGUAGGAGCCUCUCGUGGUGACCCUCGUGCCCCUGUCUUUGAGAAAUGCUCCCCCAACCUCCUUUUGCCCUCUGUUGCCUCUACUACUGCGGUCAACUACGUUGGCACCGAGUCGGUCGGCGCCGCGUCUGCCCCUAGCGGGCGACGUCGCACCGGCAAGGGCAAGGGGGACAAGGGCGCUGGAGGGGCUGGCGGGGGCGAUGGAGGGGUUGCUGUCUUUGAUCUCGAUUAUGAUGCCAUUCUUGCUGCCAUGUAUGUUGUGUCUACUAGUGACUCGGGUGACUGUUACCUGUGUGUUCCGCCUGACCCGCGCACUGUGGCUGCUGCUCUAGGUGCUGGUGAGGUUGCUGCUCUCAGUGCUAGUGCGUCUGCUGCCCCAGGUGCUGGUGAGUCUGCUCUUUUAGGUCUCUACCUCCCCUCGUUCUCUACAAACUUGGUGAGUGGAGCUAAUCUACAGGAUGGGGGGUUUGACCAGUUCACUCCUCCGAGUCAGCGGGUGACCCACUGUACGUGUGCUCGGAUGGGCCGACACUUGGCCACGUUUACCCGUCAGCCGGGGUCGAGCCUGUACACACUGACUACUGAGUCUCCUCCGGUUGCUGAGUCUGGUCAGGUAGCUGUGGCGGGUCAGGUGUUUGCUGCAACGUCCAGGGCCUGCCCCUACCUGCAUUGCCUGCAUCGAGGGGCCGCAGCGCGCCUGUGA